AUGGAUACCAUGGAGUCAGAAUACCCAAUUCACCAGCUAACACCAACUAAAAUUGUCCCUCCAUCAAAUGAUAUAAUAAAAGGGAAAGAGAAAGAAAGGCAAUAUUUUAAUAGGGGAUACCGCCUUACAUCUAGCAACAAUAAUGGCACAACACAAACAGCUUCUGGUUCUAUAUCACGAUUGACAACUAUUAUAAGAAGGUCUCUUAGAAUUAAAAGUAGACCUAAACCAUCAACUACUGACAAUUUAGAAAAUUCUCCUAAAAAGAGAAUGACCUUUAGAAAAGCUUUCGACGACAAAGAAGGUAGUUCUUUUACUGAUUAUUCUAGUGUAAGAAUUCAUAAAUGUAAAGAGGAUUAUGGAAGAUUGGAACAAUUAGAACAAUAUAUAAGACAAAACAAAAUAAACGAUAUAAAAAAAUUUGUUCGUAUUAAUAAUUGGCCUGCCUCUCAUGAAAUACGAUGUCAUUUAUGGGCAACAUUAAGUAAAGAUAAAAACUUUGACCUCAACAAAAGUCUUUACAAAAGUAAGAUGGAUGAAUUUCGAACAAAAAAUUGUCAAUUAAUACAACCAAAAUUUUUAUCAUUAGAUGGUGUUAUAAUAAAUGAUCAUGGUCUUAAAGAAUGUGGUGUUGUAGCUUUACAAAAAUUUUUAAUUAUGGUUGAAGAAGAUAGACCAGAUGUAACAUUUAUACCUGCUUUGUAUUCAUUUUCAGCUUUAUUGUUACAUUAUGUUCAACCAGAUGAAGCAUUUGCCAUUAUUUCUAAAAUGUUAUCAGUAGAAAAAAAAUUUUUAAUACAAAGUGAAGUUAUGUAUGAAGCAUCACCAUAUGUUUUGUUACAAUUAAUAAAAACACAUAAGAAAAAAGUUUAUGUAUAUUUAGAAAAAUGUUGUAAAUCUAAUAAUAGAGAUGAUCUAGUUAAACCAUUGAAAAAAUGGUAUGAAUGGAUAUUUAGAUAUAUGCCUUUUGAUUAUAUUGUCAGAGUUACUGAUUGUUUUAUUGUCGAAGGACAUAAAUUUCUACUACGUAUUGGAAUUUCAAUUGUUUAUCUAUGGUAUAAAGACAGAUCCCGCUCUAUCCACUUGAAAAGUGUACCAAAUAAAAGUAAAGAAGAAUGUUUAGAAGAGGUAGAAAAUCAAUUAAUAGAAGUUUGUAAAAGUAUUCCCGUUUCAUGUCAAACAUUUAUUGAUGUUGCAACACAUAUUAGAAAUAUGAAACAAUCUUUCAUUAAUAAAAAUCAGAAAUAUUAUGAAGAUCUUAUACGCCAAGAUAUUACAUUAAAUAGAAGUACAAAAGCAGAUUACUCUAUUAAACAUAUGCAUCAUUUAUUUUCUUCAGUAUUUAGUUCAAAAAUUGUUACUCCAGAUUGUGCUGAAGCAUUGAUGAGAGCCAUACCUGAAAGACUACAAUUAGAAACACCAAUUUUAAUUUUUACUUUAUCAGAACAAGGUAUUAGUUUUGUAAACUUUUGGAAUAAAAUUGAUGAAGCUGAACAAUCACUUAUUAUUAUUAAAACUAUGAAAGGAGAUAUUUUUGGUGGGUAUGCUUCUUCAAGUUGGAGUGAAAGGAAAGAUUUAAAAGAACGUCAAAGAUCAAAAUUCUUUGGUACCGGAGAGUCUUUUGUUUUUAAAGUUGAUGAAAAUUCAAAAUUACCUAUUAUUUAUGAUUGGGUUGGCAAUCAUUGGGAUCAAUCUGACGAUCCACCUCAAAUGUUUAUGGCUGCAGGAGAUCGUUUUUUAAUAUUAGGUAGUGGCAAUAAUACUUCUAUUGAAAUACGUGAUGAGCUAUCAAAAGGAGUUACUUAUGAAUGCAGUACUUUUGGAAGUCCACCAUUAGUUCAAGAACGAACUUUUGAUAUUCAAGAAAUGGAAGUUUUUCAUGUUCAUUCCGAAUGUGCCCCAAUGGUGGUUUCUAGAGCAUUAGGACUUGCAAUAACAGCAGGUUCAAUGAUGUUAUUACUUCCACAAAUAUUAAAGAUAUUUGCUGCAAAAUCUGGACGUGGAAUUUCUUUAAUUUCACAAUUUUUAGCACUUUUAGCUUCAUCAGGAACAGCUGCAUAUAGUUUCAAAUCGGGUUUUGUUUUUUCCCAAUGGGGUGAUUCACUAUUUGUUUCUUUACAAACAGCUGUAAUUAUUAUGCAAAUAUUAUAUUAUUCACCGCGACGUCCAUACGCUUUUGCAUUUCUUGCAUUUGUAUGGUCAGGAUAUUUAGCUAUUGUUGGAGAUUAUGUUCCUUUCCAUGUAUUAACAACGAUUCAAACACUAACAAUUCCAAUUACAGUUAUUUCAAAGGGAAUUCAAAUAAUAGAAAAUUUCCAAAAUAAAUCAACAGGAGAAUUAUCAUUAAUUUCAGUUGGUCUAGCUUUUGGUGGAUGUUUAGCACGAAUUUUCACAUCCAUACAAGAAACUGGUGACUCUCUUAUUAUUAUGAGUUAUGUUAUAGCUGGAAUCCUUAAUGGAAUAAUCUUUGGUCAAUUCUUCACUUAUUGGAGUAAUAAAUUGAAGAAAGAUUAA